UUAUCUUAAUAAAUUAUUAAAAUUACUACGAAAUAAAAACUGAUUUCUUCAUGGUAUAAUUCACAAUCGACUUUUAAAGAAUAAAAUAUAAAUAGUAAAUGGUUAUCGUUAGUGCCAAAAAUUCGAGUACUUCGCUAUGACAAAUCAAAAUAUUUUAAAAUAACGAACCUAAUAGUAAGUACACUUAUGAUUUCGUUGCAUAAUUGUUUUUGGUAUUUAUUAUUAAUUAGUUAACAUAUAACACUAUCUGAGAAAACCUUCUAGUCUAGGAAAGUUGAGUCAAAUUUAUUAUUAUGUUAAACCAUAAUUAUAUAAAUUAUAUAUAAAAUAUAAUAUAAAUUGAUUUUUCUAUAUAAAUUCUAAGUACUAGUGUUAAGGGUUUUAAAUUAAUGCACGCUAAUUUUGAACAAUCAAUAAUAAUCUUAUAAGUAUAUAUAAAAGCCGAAAAUAAUCGCAGUACACUUUAAAAUUUGAUACUGCACACAAUUUUGAGCCAUAUUUGACGUCAAAUUAAGAAUAAAACAAUCAAAAUUAAAAUUUAGUAUGCGAAAAAAUUUUAAAAUACAAAAUAAAAAUGUAUUAUAAUAAUAUUUUUUAUGUUGGCAAUCCUUAUUCUUGAGAAUGUUUAUUCGAGUUUGGCGCUCUUAACACCCCAGUUCCAGAUAUUAUAGAUCGGGGUAAACAUGCUUUUAUAUGCACUGGAGCCUCAUAGUCUACUCGGCACCUAGUUAUUGCUUAGUAACGUGUGGUUUCAUAGUUAAUAAUGCUCGUUAGGAGCCAACUUUAAAUUUGCUGAUGAAAUUAUAUUAUUAAUGAUAUAUAUAUAUAGGCAUACUAAUAAAACUGUAUCAUUAUUGUGACAUACUUAGUAUAAUUAAAAAUAUUAAAAUGGAUACGGUGACUGUUCAUUAUUGGCCAACAGAACCCCAGAGCUGUUCAUCUAUACAACCGUUAUCUUUUAUCCUUACCAUCACCUUAAUACUUACAUCGUGUACAACACUUAUGUUAUGUACGUCGGUUUGGACUGAUCAUUGGGAAAAUAUGGAGUGGGAUUUUCAAGAAGUAAUUUCGGUUUUGAAAACAUUAAAUAAAUCUUCAAAAUGGUUAAAUAAUAUAAAAACCGAAUGGUUAGUUAAUGGAACUACACUCAAAAUAACAAUUAAUGCAGCAAAAUCACUGCCACAAAAUAACGACGAUUCCACGCUUGUUUUAGCUACAUCUAAUCAAUAUCAUCACACAAAUUUGUAUAUGCAUUCAUUAUUGUAUAAAGCAGGAGAAACAGCUACAGUAAUAUUAGCUCCGAUGUAUGGUGGAAUCUGGACUUUAUGUAUAUCUCUAUCAGACAACCAGUUACUUCAACUGUACCAAGAAACAGAUCAAAAAACAGGAUGGGUGGUACCCAAAUGUGUAAAUUAUUUAGCCGAAGGAGAACCUCCAGAAGGGGAGUAUUUUAAACCAGAUUGGCAUCAUAGAAUGCAAAAUGUGUCAAUAUCAUGUGCAUUAGUUAGCAUUAUAAUUGUUAUUACCGCGUCUUUGAUUGGAGUUUAUUCUAUUUGUCGACAUCAAAUUAGUGCUAUAUUAAUUACGGCUGUAAUGUAUUUAUUAGCAGCCACUUUUGGUUUAUUCACUUUAGGAAUCAUGCAUAAUAAACAUCAAUCAAGAAAAACUCACAGUCAGAAAAAUUGCAAUCGAUCAUUAGCACUAAUAGAUGGUAUGAUCUAUGUUAGAGGAAACAUGUGCCAAACAAUAAAUUUUUGGGAACAAUUACUAACUGCAAGAAUAUAUUCACUAGGAUGGAGUGUAAACAUGGGAUGGACGGCAGUUUUAUUUUGCAUUUUAACUAGCUUUUUAUGGAUAAUUUUAUCCAAGUUAAUGAGACAAUCAUCAGUAUACAAUAAUUCAAACCAUUAAAGUAAUUAAUUAUAUUGUAUUUAGGUAUGUAAUAUUAUGAAAUAAUUCAAGAGUUAUUUAAGAUUCUAAAAAA